AUGGCUGGCCCGAACUUUGAAGCUCUGAGAAAUUUGCACAACUCUGCCAAUGAUCUUCUCCACUCUCCUAUCAUUCAACAAGCUCUGGUUCGCAACAGUCAAGAAAAAUGGGUUCAUGAGGUUUCAGAAGCAUCUCUUAGACUGUUGGAUGUGUGCAGCAUUUCGAAAGAUGUUCUUCUUCUUGUGAAAGAGCAUCUGCAGGACCUGCAGUUCACUUUACGCAGAGUGAACAGCUCAAGUGAAGAAGAUAUUGGGAGCAAAAUGACGGCCUACAAUUUCUAUAGGAACAAGUUGAAGAAGGAGACCCUCAAGUGCUUGAGUUCUUUGAAAGGCCGCAGCCGUCCGAUGAAGAAGAAUGCCUCCAUCGUUAGCUUGGAGCUUUGCCCUAUAGACCAGAACCUUACGCUUGUUGUGGAUGUGCUAAGACAAGUUAGGGUCACCACAGUUUCAAUUGUGGAGACUUUGCUGUCCCUCAUUUCCAUACCCUGGCUGGAUGGGAAAUCAACUAGUAGAAGUAGCACUGCUUCUUUCAGAUUCAUGUCCAAGUUAAUGUGUGGGAGGAGCCAAAAAGUACAUGAUCUAUGCGAUGCAACAGCGCUUCAGAGUGCAAAUGCAAGGUUGGAUGCUGUGGAGAUUGCCAUUGAAGAUCUUCAAGUUGAGUUGGAGUGCAUGUUCAGGCGCUUGAUCGACACCAGAGUUGCACUUCUAAACAUCCUUACCAACUAG